GCUGGUUUUCAGCAUUGUUUGGCAAAUUAUCUCGCUGUAAAUUUAUUAUUUGCCGGUGCUGUUAUUAAAUAGACGAUUUAUUUAAAAUUUAUUAAAUAUGGAAGGUGGCGGUGUGGCCCACAGCCUUGAGGGCAAAGUGCGUACCGAAGAUGUGAAACUCAAAGAAUUGGCACCAUUUAGUAAAAUGUUGUUGUCGGAUGCCGUGCGUAAAGGUUUGCAAAAAACGGGAUUUGUAUACCCAACAGCAAUACAGGCGACCUCUAUACCGAUGGGCAAAUCGGGUUUAGAUUUACUUGUACAAUCAAAGUCGGGCACAGGAAAAACGCUUAUAUUUAGUACAAUAAUAUUGGAAGCAUACCGCGCCGAUCACGCAGAACCGCAAUCAUUGAUAGUAGCGCCAACACGUGAGAUUGCCGUACAAAUUGAGUUAGUAUUGAAUCAAAUUGGUAGUUGCUGUAACGGUUUUCGUGCUGUCAGUGUUAUUGGUGGCUUAGAUGUAGCCGACGAUAGAAAACGUUUGCAUGGCGCCAAAGCAGUUGUUGGUACGCCCGGUCGUCUGCUACACUUAAUACAAAACAACGUGUUGAACACAUCGAAAAUACGUUUGCUUGUGUUGGAUGAAGCAGACAAAAUGUACACACAAUCAUUCCGUCAAGAUUUACGACGCAUACAAAAUGCUUUACCGGCAAAGCGGCAGACAAUUGCUUGUAGCGCCACAUUCUGUGAUGGUUUAGAUGAAGAGUUGGCGAAGAUAAUGCGCAAUCCAUUGCUAAUUUCCACAGAGGAACGUGCCACCUUAUUGGUGGGCAUAAAACAGUUUGUCUAUGAAGUUCCCGAACAAAAGACCAGCAUACUUGAAAUGCAAAGCAAAUUGGAGGCGUUACGUGCCAUCUUCGGACGUAUACCCUUCAAACAGUGUUUAAUUUUUGCUGGCUCACAAUCACGUGCCAAUUCGUAUUGUAAUUAUUUGGAGAAAGAGGGCUGGCCUUGUGAACUUAUCUCCGGUGCGCAGGAUCAGAAAACGCGACUCGAAAUGUUUCACAAAUUUCGUGAAUUCAAAACCAGAAUAAUCAUAACAACCGAUCUAAUGGCGCGUGGCGUAGACUCGGAGCAUGUCAACUUGGUUAUAAAUCUCGAAUUACCCACAGAUAUGGUCACCUAUUUGCAUCGCAUUGGACGCGCCGGUCGCUUUGGCUCACAUGGCAUUGCCAUCAACUUUGUUGCCAGUGAAAAGGAUCGCUGCACAUUGACACGCCUCAUUACACGUAUUGGCAGCGGCAUGAGCGUCUUCAAGUUUCCACAAAAAGAGCAUGCGGAAGCGGAGCUAGAACAUGAUUUUUGGGAUUUCGCCAAUUUUGAAAAAGAUAAACAAUAUUUUGGUCUCUUUGGUUGUGAGGCCUUAGCGCCUUUGGCAUCACAUGAGCAUAGCUCAUUCUCCGAUACACAAGAUAAUAAAGAGAACUUAAAUGAUAAUCAGCUGAAUACAAGUUCGUCCAUUGAUACAAACACUUUUCGUGUAGACUCCAAAGACAGCGCUUUAAAUGUGCAAGAUAAUCUACUCGAACGUCCCGACUAUAAUAAUCAACACUACUCACCAUCACAUAACCUAACAAUUGACUCGCGACAAAACUCUUCACAACAACUACCAUCUUCAAAUACUAUAGACGACGCUAGCAGCAUUGCGGCAGAUAGUCUACGUAGCAGUCAGCAAGAUAUUUCACGUUACCAAUCGGUUCUAAUGCAAAAAGCCGCUAUACCAACGCUAUUCGAAUUCCUAGUGGACCCUAACAGCAGCGAGAGCAAAGCGCAUGAUGAGGGCGGGGAGCCUAAGAAGAAGCCACAAAUAGAUUUAUUCGAUGACUAUAAACAAGCUGUGCUAACAAGCGCGGACAAUUCGCUGAAAGAGACUGAAGCUGAGUGCGCUGCACCCAUUUCGAAGAAAAUCGCUGCUUAUAAGUCCAUGCUUAUCGACCAACCCGCACAAAAGCAAGCAGCUGUAGCCAAACCUGAUAUAUACUCGGACUACGCCAACUUCAAUUCGGAGGAGAACUCCAGCAGCUUAAGUCAGGAGACACUCUCCAAAGAUAUUGAUAAGGCAACUUUCAUACUAUCCGUGGCAACACCGACGAAAUUGCAAGACUCCAUUGAAGAGUUCGUUAAUACAACGAGCGCGGAGAGUGAACUGAAAAAUGGCGCCUCCAUGAGUGAGAGUUGCGAAGUUUCCGAAGUGAAGCAUUUCACUUCACCAGCGCAUAAUCAGUCUAACAAUAAUAUACCGGAUGUAAUACCGGGUAGUCAACGUCUCGUGGGUUUGGCAUACAAUCAACAACAACUACAGAACUUAACAGUUAAUGUUGGAGCACGGAUUGAAAUACCGCCACAGCAGCCACAACAUGGCGAUUCGCCAGCGCUAAACAAUUCCGUUAUACAUUCCAAUGAUGAAGAUCAAUCGCCCACGAUUAGCGCUAGCGACUCCUUGCACUCGCGUUCGAAUUCGGAGCGUGGCGGCAGCAGUGGCUUCAAUGAACGCAAUACGACCAGCGCUUCGUCGGGCAUCGCCACAUCCGAUACGGAGGCGGAACGUUAUGUCGAAAAUGGUUACUAUUCGUCCUCGUCGGAGAGUGGUACCGGCUCUGUGGAUGAAGGUGGUGAAGUAGAAGUAUUGGCAGCAAAUCCAGAACCGGACGCGGAAUCGUCAACGGAAGAAGACUAUGAGGUUGAUGAUGAAGAUGACUACUACUAUGAAGAAGAGGAGGAAUAUGAUGAAAUCGAUGACGAGGAAGAUGACUAUGUCGAGGAUAAUGAUGAAGAGGAUUGGUUUGAAGAUAAGCCGGAUGACUACUUAGAAAAUGACGCACACGACUACGACAAUGCAAAUGGUGUGGCACACAUAGAAAACAAUGACAGCGAUGGCGGAAUGGGUGCGGCAUAUGGAUAUAAUGGUGUGGAACGUAAAGUCGAUCUCACGCAAAAUGCUGCGGAGACUAAAAAGGAAGUAUUAGAUUGCGAAUCGGACGUUAAAGUAGAAAGUGCGACUACAUCGAAAGCUGGUCUAAGAAUUCAUGAAUUCAAUAAAAUUAAACUCGAAAAUGACUUUACUAAAACUAACAGAGAACAUGAAUUGACUGAAACUAGCCUCAAUAAUGACUUCACUGAAACUAAUCUUAAAAAUGAAUUCAGUAAAAUUAAUCUUAAAAAUGAAACUCCAGCCACAUCAAAAGCUAAUCUAAAACAUGAAUACCAAAAAACUAACCUCAAAACUGAAUUGAAUAAAACUGACAAUAAAUCGGCAGAAUCUUCGAAAGCUACAAAAGCUAAAAAGCGUGACAAGAAGGGUGACAAGAAGCGUUCUACACAAAAGGAAGCUCAACACACACAAUAUGGCGCAUAUGCUUCGUAUUAUAACUGUAAUGACAGCAAUUAUGUGGCUGCGCAUGCGCUGUGGAUGGAAAUGUACUGGAAGCAGGUGCAGCAAAUACAAGACUAUGUGCGUUUGUCACGUGAAGUUGGACGCUCUGAAGAUGGAAAGUGAAUAAUUUCAAAGUUUUUGAAUUAGUACAUACAUACAUACAUACAUAGUAUGCUUAUGUACAAUAUGAAUUAAAUUUAAUUUAUUACUUAACUCAUUAAAACGAAUUUCAUGGAAUGAAUUAAAACUCACUUAAAUAUUGAAUAAAUGAAUAGAAGUAUCAAUAAAUCAAUACUCUAAUAGAGAAAA